AUGGCUGCAAAUUGCAGACUCCCAUGGCGUCAGGGAGAACCCCAAAACAGCCCUGGUUUACAGCUGCCACAGUCCGUGGCAUCCCCAGGAACUCAACUUAGAAAUGACUACGGGGACCCUGAGACUUGGCACAUGAACUUCAGGAUGUUCAGCUGCCCGGAGCGGUCGGACCCCAUCCAGGCUCUGAGGAAACUCACUGAGCUGUGCCAUCUGUGGCUGAGGCCCGACCUCCACACCAAAGAGCAGAUCCUGGACAUGCUGGUGAUGGAGCAGUUCAUGAUCUCCAUGCCCCAGGAGCUCCAGGUCUUAGUCAUGAUGAACGGUGUGCGGAGCUGCAAAGAGCUGGAGGACCUGCUACGGAACAACGGAAGACCCAAGAAAUGGUCUGUGGUCAACUUGCUUGGCAACGAAUAUCUUAUGCUGGACUCAGAUGCUGAGAUGGCCGAAGCCCCCGCCAGCGUCAGGGAUGAUCUGAGAGAAGUGUCCAGCCAGCGGGCCUCCUCUGUGAACGACAUGCACCCGGGGGAAGGCCAGGCCAGCCGAGAGCUGCAGACCCUGCCCAGGGUCCCCACACUGUCCAGGGGGCAGGGAGGGGACUUCCUGCUGCCAGAGACUACUGACAUAAAAGGUGACCCAAAGUCUCCAGGACCCAAGCAGACCUUGGAGAAGAAUCUGAAGGAAAACAGCGAAGAGAAGCCAGGACUCACAUCCCCAGAGCCUCAGCUUCCAAAGGGCCACGCAGAUCUGGAGAGGGCAAAGGAUGGGAAGGAACCCCAAAAAAGAGCCUCUGUGGAGAAUGUGGAUGCUGACACAGCUUCUGCCUGCGCGGUGGAGACAGAAGCUUCGACUCACAGCGAGGACAGAGACUCUCCGAAUCCGAGAGGUCCCAAAAGAAGCAAACCAGACGCCACCUCCAUUUCCCAAGAAGAGCCUCAAGGAGGAGCCACACCUGUGGGCAACAGAGACUCCCCGGGCCCAGCUGGGAUGAAUCCGGUUCAUUCCCCAGGCCUUGAGAGCACAGGCAGUCACCCCGAUGGCCAAGAAGCCGUGGCACUGCCGCCCUUUGUGUGUGCCGUGUGCAGUAAAGAAUUUAAGUAUUUCUCCCAGCUAAAGCUCCACAAUAGAUCACACACAGGAGAGAGACCCUUUGAAUGUCAUGAGUGUGGGAAGCGCUUCUUGCAGGCCUCAGACCUCCGGGUUCACCAGCGAAUCCACACCGGCGAGAAGCCCUACACGUGUGACGUCUGCAACAAGCAGUUCGCCCACGAGUCCACCUUGCAGGGUCACAGGAGGAUGCACACGGGGGAGAAGCCGUUCAAAUGCAAAUUCUGCAGCAAGGUCUUCAGCCACAAGGGGAACCUGAACGUUCACCUGCGUACGCACUCUGGGGAGAAACCCUACAAGUGUCCCAUGUGUGGAAACGUCUUCCGUCAGCUGGGAACAUUCAAACGUCACCUGAAAACACAUCAGAAACCACUUCCCAGUGAGUCCAGAGAGGGGUCCUCACCCUCCACCCCAGGAGAGAGUGAAUGA